AUGUUGGACGUAGAAGACGACAGCUUUCACGUCACACGUGAAGGCUACUCCCAUCUGAGUGAAUCAGAAUGGGAGGUAGUCGACUGCACGAGUGUGCUCAUGGGCGAACCUGCCAUCAGUGGAAUGUUGGAGUCUCUAAGCAGAGACCAGCAACAUGCUGCUAUCAACAAGUUCCUACAAGGGGAACUUGCCGUCGGAGGACAGAAGGUAGCCUUGCUACAACAGCAAGGCUCUCAUCAGUCGAUGGGCGGGCCGACGCACACGCGUAGACGCGGAACCUAG